AUGAUCGCUGAUCCUGCUCUUGUAUUUCCUGAGGACAAUAGACCUACUCUUGUAAUUCCUCAAGAGAAUACUCCUAUAGUUGUAUUUCCUCAGGGAUAUACUCCUGCUCUUGUAUUUCCUCAGGGGAGUACGCCUACUCAUAUACUUUAUCCCACACGAUUCUAUGUUCUCGGUAUAUUUUCCUUUCUUGCUUUUAAUCAAUCUGCAUUUUGGUUGACAUUCUCCCCUGUCUCACCAAGUACUCAAAUUUACUAUAAUAUUCCAUCAUCCACCGUCGAUCUUCUUCUUAAUUGGGGACCUAUUAUAUUUAUCCCUUGUCUUCCACUGGUCUAUCUUCUUCUCAAUAAACGAAAUGGACUUCGACGGGCUGUCAUUGUUUUAGCUAUCGGUGGCUUGGUAUCUACUGCCCUACGUGUUAUACCAUCGAUUGUUACAUCUCCAUCAAGUCCUCGUUUCAAAGAUAUUUCCCUUCCAUUUCUUCAUGCUGGUCAAAUUAUUAAUGCUGCUUGUGGACCUAUAGUAAUGGCGCCUGUUUCUCAACUAUCAUGUCUCUGGUUUGGUCCCGGUGAAAGAACACGAGCUACUACAUUAGCUAUUAUGACAAACAUUUUUGGUUCAACUGUUAGCUUUCUCAUCAAUCCCGCAAUCGUCUCUCGUCCUUCAAAUCUGCCCUAUCUACUUUAUUUUCAUCUUGCUUUGGCAUUCGUAGGUACAGUUAUUACACUAAUCUACUUUCCUGCUCAGCCACCCACUCCUCCGUCAGUUGCAGCUGAAUUACUCAUGCAAGAAGGCAAGCAAAGUUCAAAUUCCGCAUUUACAGACUUCAUGAAAGGUCUUCGAGCAUGUAUAUCAAAUUUAUCAUUUGUUUUACUUUCAACAGCUGGAGGCAUCAUGAAUGGAACAUUCGCAGUGUGGGCUGGAUUAUUUUCUUCAAUUCUCUAUCCUGAAUAUUCUGAAACACAAGCAGGUUGGUUUGGUUUUUGUUCAUCGCUUGCAGGCAUUAUUGGAGCUUUGUGUUUGGGUGCACUAGCCGAUACUCCUCGAUUUCGACGUAGACUUAAAAUGCUUAUUCUUAUUUCUUUCAUUGGCUGUUUUCUUUCGGUUCUUUGGUUGCAACUUUCUGUUCGUUCGAUUUUUUAUAACGCACCUAUUCUUGGUUCUACACAAAUCACUAUUGGACUGUCACUUUUGCUUGCUGGUCUAUUUCAAGGAGCAGUAUCGCCGUUAAUAUACGAAGGUCUAGCUGAAAUCAUGUAUCCGCUACCAGAAUCUUUAUCUGCUUCCAUUCUUGUUCAAUGGAAUAAUAUUGCUUGUGUCUCCCUUCUUUUCAUCGCUUCCAAACAAUAUAUAUUGAUUAAUUUACUUGUUCUUAUCGUUAUUGCAAUAUCUAUUCUAAUGAUUAUCUUCGCUCGAAUAACAUACCGACGACAAGAUGAAGAAGAACAAAAGAAAAAUAAAACAAUUAUUGGAAUGGAAAUGGACAGAAAUGUUUCAACAAUCGAAUCCCAUCCAUAA